AGGAAAAACACUUUGAAGUUGGAAGGAACUUCUCUGUUUUCGGUGCUCAUGGAGGAGAGAAGUCAUUUCCUCUUGUCAAUCACGUUCUUGCUUGUGCUGCAGUACACUUCUCUAUAUAUGGCUAAAUUAACUCAAGGCACAGUAGGUGCAGCACAAAUAAACAUCACCACAGACCAGUCUGCUCUUCUUGCUCUCAAAUCCCAUAUCACUAGUGACCCUCACAACAUCUUGGUCAACUGGUCAACCACCACCUCCGUCUGCAACUGGGUUGGCAUUACUUGUGGUGCUCGCCACCUCAGAGUAGCAUCAUUGAAUCUCUCGUACAUGGGUUUCACUGGCACAAUUCCACCACACUUAGGCAACCUCUCAUUCCUUGUUGCACUAAGCUUCAACAAUAACAGCUUCCAUGGUACUUUGCCCUAUGAAUUGUCUUAUUUGCAUCGCCUGAAGUUGGUUAGCUUCGGAUACAACAACUUUGUGGGAUCCAUUCCAUCAUGGUUUGGGGCCUUCCCCAAACUUCAAGGCUUCUAUUUGUAUGGCAAUCAAUUUUCAGGUUCCAUACCCACGACUAUCUUCAACUUAUCUACAUUGCGAGUGAUUGUUUUGAGCGGUAAUCAACUAUCAGGUGGCAUACCAAGAGAAAUUGGGAACUUAACAAUGCUGAAUGAGAUAUACCUUGACCACAACAAUUUCAACGAAAUUCCACAAGAGAUCGGCUUUUUACAUCAGCUAGAGAAGUUGUAUAUUGAGUUUAAUGCCCUAAAAGGCCAUGUUCCUAUGGUUGUUUUCAACAUGUCUUCUUUGACUACGUUGACUCUAUACGGAAAUAGCUUGAGUGGCGGUCUUCCAGACAAUAUAUGCCAGCAUCAUCCGAGUCUUGAGAAGGUUAAUUUGGGUGACAAUCAGUUUGCUGGUCCACUUCCAUCCAAAUUAUGGCAAUGCACAAAGCUUCUUAAUCUAUCAUUGGUGGAGAACAAUUUCAGUGGAAGCAUACCCAAAACUAUUGGGAAUUUAACAAUGCUGAAGGGGAUAUACCUUGACUCCAACAAUUUCAACGGUAUAUUUGUUGCAUUGCCUUGCCUUGAUGUGAUCCAGUUAUAUAUAAUAUGA